GGGUUAUUUUUAAACACGGGGAGGAAGUAUUUAUUGUUCCAGCAGAGAACAGUGGACAGCCUGUGGGAUUCUUCUAGGGAACCAGUGCUGCGUCCUUUCCACCAUGGCACCCAAGAAAGCCAAAAAGAGAGCAGAGGGUGCCAAUUCCAACGUGUUCUCCAUGUUUGAACAGACCCAGAUCCAGGAAUUUAAGGAGGCCUUCACCAUCAUGGACCAGAACAGGGAUGGCUUCAUCGACAAGAACGAUCUGAGGGACACCUUUGCUGCUCUUGGUAUGUCGCCCCCUCUGGGCCUGCGGGAGGGUCUCCUCAUCCCAUGCCCACGAGGGGCAGGAGGCGGGACCACUAAAAAGGUGAAGAGCUCAUUUUUCAGAGAAACAAACAGCUCAACCACGAUGGGCCUUUAAGACAUAAUUCAGAGG